ACACUAACGAAACAGAAAAAGAAUAAUAAAUUAAAAAAGCUACGCUUUGGCAUGUCUUACACGGAGCUAGAGUCGGGCUACCAGGACCUGCGUCAUUCCACGCAGAGCAACGUCGUAGCCUCGCAGCAGCAGCAGCAACAGCAACAUCAUACGCAACAGUCACUGUUUUCGUCGCAUUCGCAGCGCGUAGGCUUCUAUCUGGGCCACGAUGGAAAUGGAGACACGGAUUUUGGGGACAGCAAUGACGGCAUGGACUCAGAUACGAGCACUUCCUCCAGUAACAGUAAACAAGUUGUUGUUGGCAUCUGUGCAAUGGCCAAAAAGACACAAUCGAAGCCAAUGAAGGAGAUAUUGACACGACUCGGCGAAUUUGAGUUCAUCAAGCUGGUUACUUUUGAGGAAAAUGUGAUAUUGAGGGAGCCCGUACAGAAUUGGCCCAUAUGCGAUUGUCUUGUGUCGUUUCACUCCAAGGGCUUUCCGCUGGAGAAGGCCAUCGAGUAUGCUCAGCUACGUAAUCCAUUUGUGCUCAACAAUUUGCAUAUGCAGUAUGAUAUACAGGACAGACGGCGGGUCUAUGCUAUACUAGAAAAGGAGUGUAUUGAGAUUCCGCGUUAUGCUGUGCUCGAUCGAGAUUCGCCCGAUCCGAAGCAUCAUGAACUUAUUGAAUCCGAGGAUCAUGUGGAGGUCAAUGGCAUUACGUUCAAUAAGCCAUUCGUUGAGAAACCUGUUUCUGCCGAAGACCAUAAUAUAUAUAUCUACUAUCCAACAUCUGCUGGCGGUGGCAGUCAGCGUUUAUUUCGUAAAAUCGGCAGCCGAAGUAGUGUUUAUUCGCCGGAAUCGCGUGUACGCAAAACUGGCUCCUUCAUCUACGAGGACUUCAUGCCCACCGAUGUGUACUUUUCAGGCACUGACGUGAAAGUCUACACUGUUGGCCCAGACUAUGCCCAUGCAGAAGCGCGCAAAAGCCCAGCGCUUGAUGGCAAAGUGGAGCGCGAUAGCGAGGGCAAAGAAAUCCGCUAUCCAGUUAUACUCAAUCACUCGGAGAAGCUAAUCUCGCGCAAGGUGUGCCUGGCUUUUAAGCAGACUGUUUGUGGAUUUGAUCUGCUUCGCGCUAAUGGCAAAAGCUAUGUCUGCGAUGUAAAUGGAUUUAGUUUUGUGAAGAACUCCAAUAAGUACUACGAUGAUUGCGCCAAAAUAUUGGGCAACAUGAUACUACGUGAGCUGACUCCAACCCUUCACAUACCCUGGUCAGUGCCAUUUCAAUUAGACGAUCCGCCCAUUGUGCCCACCACUUUUGGUAAAAUGAUGGAGCUGCGUUGCGUGGUGGCUGUCAUACGGCAUGGCGAUCGCACGCCCAAACAGAAAAUGAAAGUCGAGGUGCGACAUCCCAAAUUUUUUGAGAUAUUUGAAAAAUAUGAUGGUUACAAACUUGGCCAUGUGAAGCUUAAGAGACCAAAGCAACUGCAGGAGAUAUUGGACAUAGCUAGAUUUUUGCUUAGUGAAAUACACACAAAGGCCCAUGCGGAGAUCGAGGAGAAGGAGAGCAAGCUGGAGCAACUGAAGAAUGUGCUUGAGAUGUAUGGCCAUUUCUCGGGCAUUAAUCGUAAAGUGCAGAUGAAAUAUCAACCGAAGGGUCGACCACGUGGCUCCAGCUCUGAUGAUGUCCUAUCCUUUCCAGCCGAAACACCUGCUGAACCUUCGCUGGUCCUUAUCCUCAAAUGGGGCGGCGAACUAACGCCUGCGGGUCGCAUCCAGGCGGAGGAGCUGGGCCGCAUAUUCCGUUGCAUGUAUCCGGGCGGCCAAGGACGCUCGGAUUAUUCGGGCACACAGGGUUUGGGUCUGUUACGCUUGCAUUCAACAUUUCGUCAUGAUCUUAAGAUCUAUGCAUCGGACGAAGGGCGCGUCCAAAUGACCGCCGCUGCCUUUGCCAAGGGUCUGCUGGCUCUGGAGGGCGAGCUGACACCAAUUCUGGUUCAAAUGGUAAAGAGCGCUAAUACAAACGGACUGCUGGAUAACGACUGCGAUUCGAGCAAGUACCAGAACUUAGCCAAGGGUCGAUUGCAUGAGCUAAUGCAAAAUGAUCGGGAAUUCACGCAGGAGGAUCGAGAGUUGAUUAAUCCAUGCAAUAGCAAAUCGAUAACACAAGCUUUGGAUUUUGUGAAGAAUCCGGUGGACUGUUGUCAUCAUGUGCAUUUGCUGAUACGCGAAUUGUUGCACGUAAUCAGCAUCAAGAAAGACGAUCCAAAGACAAAGGAUGCAAUACUUUAUCACGGAGAAACCUGGGACUUAAUGCGCUGCCGCUGGGAGAAGAUAGAGAAGGACUUUAGCACCAAAUCAAAACUAUUCGAUAUUUCAAAAAUUCCAGAUAUUUACGAUUGCAUCAAGUAUGACUUGCAGCAUAAUCAGCAUACACUGCAAUAUGAUCAGGCCGAGGAGCUAUAUAUCUAUGCUAAGAAUCUGGCAGACAUUGUUAUACCGCAGGAAUACGGACUGACUCCCCAAGAAAAAUUGGCUAUUGGUCAAGGCAUUUGCUCACCGUUGCUGCGCAAAAUCAAAGGCGAUCUGCAACGUAACAUUGACGAGAUUGAGGAUGAGUUCAUGAAUCGAUUGAAUCCCCAUUACAGUCAUGGUGUGGCUAGCCCGCAGCGUCACGUGCGCACUCGCCUCUAUUUCACCAGUGAGUCGCAUGUCCAUUCCCUGUUAACGGUGCUGCGCUACGGCGGAUUGCUGAACGUUGUUACGGACGAACAAUGGCGUCGUGCUAUGGAUUAUAUAUCUAUGGUCUCGGAGCUCAAUUAUAUGUCACAAAUUGUUAUAAUGCUGUAUGAGGAUCCGACAAAAGAUCCCACCUCUGAGGAGCGCUUUCAUGUCGAGCUUCACUUCAGUCCGGGCGUCAAUUGUUGUGUACAAAAGAAUUUGCCUCCGGGUCCCGGCUUUCGUCCACACUCCCAUGGAGACAACUCCUGUAAUGUGAGCGUGCAGUCGAACGAGGAAUCAAAUCCAUCACGCAUCGAGGAAGAAAAUGAUACAGUUUCUGGAGAUGAACAACAGGGCAAAAAGCGCAGUUGCCCGUUACGAAGCUCAGCUAAUUCAUUUGGGUUUAAUCGGCUGGAUUUGCGUUCCAAACAGGGCAAGUCGAAGCCCAUUCCAAUUGGCGCUCAUCACACGGUCAGCGGGCAUGAGGCAAUGGACCUGGCCAAGCGCCUAAAUGAAGAGCUUGCCUCGCAGCAGCAACAUCAUCAGCAACUGCGACCCAUUAGUCCCGAUAUACGAGCCGUGAGUCCAGACUGCGAGCCGCGCUCGCGCAGCUUUGAGCAGCGUGGAUCGCCGUCGGCCAAUCGCGGCAAGGAGGCGGCAACCUUUCAUGAGAUUGUCAGUGCACGUGUCGGCAUGAGUGCGGGCGUGGCUAGCGGCAGCAGUAGCAAUCGUAGUGUCAAACAAUUACGCGUAACAGACAGAUUGUCGUUUUUUAAAAUCGACUGCUCGACUAAUGAAUUGCCGCUAUCGGACAUAGAUUUUUCAUUGACGCCGGGCACACCGCAGUGUGUGAACAUGAAUUCUGGAAACAAUCGAACGCACAAGCGUCACAAUUUACUAAGCAUGCGUCGCAUGGUUAGUGGCGAGGAGUCCGAAUUUGAAGGUCUGAACUUGCCGCAAAUUUCACCACUGGCAACAAACGAGAGGCCACUGAGCUGCAAUUGCAAUUAUAGCAAUAAUUUUAAUUCGCUGACCGCAGCGCAGCCGCAUGCACAUGCUAAGAGUCUGAUGCAGCUGGCUAUAGCUAAGACUUUGGCUGCCUGCAUCAGCAGUAGCACAAGCAGCAACUAUAGACAACCCACGACUUCUGCUGCGGCGGAUGAUUUUCAGCUAUCAAGGUCGGCACCUGCGGUGCUGCUAAGCAGCGUAUUUCAGCAGAGCCUCAUUAGUGAUGGUAGCUUGCGGCCGGUAGCCGACCAUGGCACUAACUCACCCACAGCCUCCACGCUGCGUCUGUGUAUGGAUAUGGAGACGCACCAUCGCCAAUUGGAACGGGGUCAGAGGAAGGCUACAAGCCAUUCAUGUGGUCAGCUUUCCGUAUUGUUGGCACCGGUCUUGCCCGAUAAUCCAUUUCAAUUUAGUUUUGCGCAUGAACCAACUGGGAAUAGUUUUGUCAGUUCAUUUGCACCCAUUGCAGAACAUGUCACGCCCAUUGCCACGCACACAGUCAGUCAGACAGUUAUUGAGCCGCAGCUAUCUUAUAAUAUACCCAUCGUGCUGAUAACAGUAGCAGUUACAGUAACAACAGCAAAUACGGCCAUGACAGCGACAACAAACAGACAAAUGACUGCAGCAGCAGUAGUGAUAACAACAGCAACAACAACCAUUACAACAAUCAGUUUACCUAAUAAUACAACAAUGUCUUCUUAUCAAUCCAUUACUAAUCAAUUGAAACCAAUCGAUUCCCUCUCAAUUGACGCACUACAACAACCACACAACACCACAAACACAAACAUCCACACAACCGCAAUCGUGACGUACACAACUACAAUAAACAACAUCACAACAAUGCCCCCGUCUUGUUGUACCAAUACAAUCGUCACAGAUACCAACGCUACGGUCUCGGUAUCGGCAUCGGUAUCAUCGGCCAAUUCGUCUACAUCGUCGCGUCGCCAAAGACACAGUAUUGCCGGCCAGAUGUCCUAUAUGAAAAUGUUGGGUUUCGGUGGUUUUAGCAAAAAGAUGGCAGCCAGCGCGAAUAGCCUUUUCAGUACGGCAGUUAUAAGCGGCAGCUCAUCUGCGCCAAAUCUGCGCGAUAUGAUACCGGUAUCAUCAUCCGGAUUUGGAGAUGUACCACCGAUUCGGCCCCUGGAGACACUGCAUAAUGCUCUAUCGCUUCGUAAGUUGGACAGCUUCCUGCAGGAUAUGGUCUUGGCACAAAUCUUUAAGACGCCAACAGGGUCACCGCCACGCAUCCCCGAGGAAGGUGCCGGCAGUAAUUCAGCAUCGCUUUUAACCCCUGAUAUUGGUCAGCAUGUGUCGGCAUCUAUGCCAUCGGACUCCAUGGCAGCCUUCUCUUCAAUGAUAGACCCAAGAGAUGCUAUCGUGUCCACGACAAAAUUAAAAGUGAGAGGUCAGACCGUUGAAAUUCCCGGAAAAUGCGACCAGUCUAACAUUAGCGAUCCAAAUGAGGAUCAAACACAAUCACAGUCGUCGGAUUUCGAAGAUGCCAACGAUGUGGUCAUGAAGCAUAUAUUACCGGAAGCAAAACAGCUUUGGGAACAACGACCACAGGAAAAGAAGUUGACUUCAGUCCGGCAAAAGAACAGAGAGCAAGAAGAUACGGAUCAGAUCAAGAGAAAUUUGGAUAUUCUUUUGCAUGAGCCAAAUGUGCAGCGCUGCUUUGAGCCCAUGAAGCAAGACACACUCCCGCUAACCAGCACCAUAGCCGGCAUCUAUGAUGCAGUCUACGAUGAUACAGAACUGAACAGCGCCUGCUUAACUCCUGUUUGCUUUGGCAUUGAUAACGAAAUGGACUUGAGUAUGGUGGCUAACAAAGGUUCCAUGACACUUUCCGUGGAUGGUUUUGAGGAUGAUGAGGAAACAACACUGUCGGUAACAAAGAUGCCUUCGUUGCCUGUUGAUUUAGAACCCAAAUUGGAGAUGUGCUACUGCUGUCCGACGCAUGCUGUUGCACCACCGGAUGUGGCCAUGGAUGAUCCUAUGUAUUGCUUUUCAAUGCCCGUUCACGUUACCCAGGCAUCAUCUGACCACAAUUGGUUAAGCGUACGACGUGCUCAAGACUCGAUUUCGCCUCGCGUACAGGAGCAAAUUAAUUUGUUUGAAGGCGUUUCCACCAGUGUGGAGGCUAGUGUAUUGCAUGCGUCCAUCAACCUGCCGGCAGCGGCACAACAGCUGCGUCAGGAUGCGCGAUUACGUAAGUUUGAAAAUUUAACGCAGUCCACGUCCAAUUCGAAUUUCCCGUUUGAGAGUAACACAUUAAAGCGUGUGCCGCUGGUCAAUACCAAGGAUGAUUAUGCGAAUGUUUCGCAUACACAAAGCUGCAUUAAUUUGAAAAGCAGCGGUGCUGUCGGUUCCAUCGCUGCUUCCCUAAUUUACGGCUCCCCGCAGCAUCAACGUGAUGGCACACUCUUAAGAGGACAACAGAAAAUAACUACAACUGCCUGUUAUAGAGCUGGCCCGGCCAAUUAUAACCGGUUGCCUAAUGCACUAUCCGUUUGCUGUUCGCUGGGAUUGGACGCUAGCUGCAGCAAAUCAACGCCAACUUCCUCGGUGACAAUGGCGGCACCACAUCCAGGUGCUUUAAUUGUUAAGGAGCGCUUUAUUGAACCACCUAAACUAGGUACUAUGCGUGGUUAUCACGCCAAAACGCAGUCCAUGGACGCUGACUUUCUGUUUAACGAGUUUUUAUUGCUGCCGGCGAUUUUACCGCCAAUCGAUGUGGCACAGCCCAAGGAGCAGGAGCUGAAGACGCCCAGAGAAUCAUCGCAUUACUAAUCAAACUAUCUAUAUCUCUAACUAUAUUAUAAAAUUUCUGUUGCGAUUGCAUUACUAUUUGAGAAACUCAAAUAAAUAAUUAACUAUUUUCUUGU